UUGAUUUUUAAAAGACUCGAGUGUUUUUGUCGUAUCGCGGCGCUUUUAUUUUAAAUAUUUCAGACAGGAUGUGACGUCACGUACGCAGCCUAACCCAGUUAGAGAAGCUUCAACAACAUUCCCUAUGGACGAAGAAAACUGCGCUGAAAUCACCAACACAGGCGUCCGGCUGCCCCUGGCGUCUCUGCGGCUGCUGGUCCCGCCGCUGCACCUCAUGUCUGCCUUCAUGUGGCAGGUGCUGCAGCAGAAGAGCGUGAUGCAUUAUGGGAGGCUGGAGGAGUUUGUCUCCAUGGUGACGGAGACUCUGCCGCAGCUGCUGGGAUACAGGCGGAGAUCUCAGCUGAUGCUGGGCCUGAGAGCGAGGAUGGUUCUGGAGUUGUGUCGCAGUCCGGCGGAUCUCAGAAUCAUGCAGGCUCAUCUGGACCGAUUACAGCUUCCUGCCGCGGCGCCUGGAGAGCCGGCUCCUGACGCUGAUCUCAGAACCUGCGUUGUUAAUUUCAAAGCGUUGGUUCUGGCGCUGCUGAAAGACCCGGUUGAGAAAGCUUAUUUCUUCCAGGAAGUGUUUCCUUUGGAAUAUGGCGCUGGAUUUGACACGGCGCUGAAGGAACUGAUGUGGGAUCUGCUGUCUGGCCUGGAGAAACUGCUUCCUGUGCCGCACUUCAAACAGACAUUGUCGUGGCUCAAUCCUGCCCCCGCUGGCCUGGAGGAGUGUAUGCAGACCGACCCGAACGACCUGCACCUGCUUCUACAGCAUCAUGGGCUGUUCGGAGGCGCAGAAACACAGAGCUGGCAGAAAGGUGCUCCACGCUCCUCCGCUGACUGUAUCGUCUCCUCUCUGUCCGUCCCUCCGUCGGCGCGAGUGGCUCUGUCCUCGGAGCAGGUGCUGUACCACGUCCAGCCGCUGAGUCCAUCCGCGCUGACCUCCGACACCAUCAUCGUCACGGACUACACCGAGGUGGAACUGAGCAGUCAGGAGGAGCCCGAGGAGAAGCUGGAGGGAGGCGUGGAGGAGCUGCUGGAGGAAGAGGGUCCUGCUGUCGAUCCUGCGCUCUUCACUGACACACCAGCGCAAGCUGACACAUCACAUGAUGCCGCCACCACCACAACAACGCCCCAUGAUGACACGAGUGCUGCGACGAACCAGCCUGAUGUCAGUCUACAGGUGGAUGAAUCCGACCAGCUGAACGCCACGGACGAGACAGACAGGCCUGACGCUCGUCCUGAGGCAGGAAGUGACAUCACAUCACCGCAGGACGUCCAAGUGUCCAUAUCAGACGUUACCCAGAAACCCCCGGCGCGGAGAGGGCGAGGAAGACCCAGGAAAAGUACAGAGUCCACAGAGAAACAAAUCACGGUAAAAACGCCUCGUCGACGGGAACGAGCCGCAUCGGUCAAACCGGACAACAUCACGGAGGAACGGAGUGACGUCACACCACAUGGAGACUGUAAAGACGCCUCUGACAGCAGACCUGAAACUCCUCAGAGCGGACCGGAACCUUCUACUGGUCCGUAUCGCACACGCAAAACCAGCAAAACCGAGCCGCUGGCCGCCGACAACCCUCGCGCUCGGCACGCGUGCGACACCUGCGGCAGGAAGUUCACCCGCCGGUCGGACGUGCAGCGGCACCAGCUGACACACACGGGCGAGCGGCCCUUCCACUGCAGCCAGUGCGAGAAGACCUUCCAGCACGCCUGGGACUUGACCAAACACUGCCGCAAGAUGCACGGCGAGGCCGGCUUCACCUGCCGCGUCUGCCAGAGCGCCUUCGCCAACCUGCGCGUGCUGACGGCACACCACAAGAAGAGCCACGGUGGCGAACUGCCGCACUACUGCUCCAUCUGCGGCGAGGCCAGCGCCACCCUCCCCGCCCUCGUGCAGCACCGCAAGAGCCACAGCGCCACGCAGCAGUACCGCUGCCAGCAGUGCGGCGAGGGCUUCGACACGCUGCUGCAGAGAUCCCUGCACCGGCAGAGCCACCGCCGACGCCACCAGUUCAAGUGCCCGCAGUGCGAGAAGACCUUCACGCGCCGCACGGACGUCAAGAGGCACCAGCUGAGCCACACGGGCGAGCGGCCGCACCAGUGCUCGCUCUGCGGGAAGCGCUUCGGCCUCCGCGCCGGCCUCCAGAAGCACCUGGUGACGCACACGGGCGAGCGGCCGUUCCAGUGCCCUCACUGCAGGAAGAGCUUCACGCAGCUGUCCAUCCUGCGGCGGCAUGAGCGCAUGCACACGGGCGAGCGGCCCUACCUCUGCUCGCAGUGCGGCAAGCGCUUCCUCUCACUCGGGGAGCUGAUCAAGCACGACAAGACGCACGCGGAGGACCGGCCGCACUCCUGCCCGCAGUGCCACAAGGCCUUCAAGUUCAAGCGAGCGCUGCAGGAGCACCUGCUGUCCCACAGCGGCGCCCGGCCGUACCCCUGCAGCUACUGCGGCAAGAUGUUCGCCAAGCCCUUCGCACUCAACAGACACCACCUGAUCCACACGGGCGAGCGGCCGUUCUCCUGCGGUCACUGUGAGCGCACCUUCCUCACCGCCACCGAGCUGGCACUGCACGAGCGCAUCCACACGGGCGAGCGGCCCUUCUGCUGCGCCGUCUGUCCCAGGAAGUUCCGCAGCUCCUCGGAGUUGGCGCGGCACCGGCGCAGUCACUCGGACCAGCGGCCCUAUAGCUGCGGCUACUGUCCCAAAGCCUACGCCAGCGCCGCCAAGCUCAAGAACCACACCAGGAUCCACACGGGCGAGAGCAAACCCAAACGCUCCGCCGCCGUCACUGUCGCGGAGGUGAGCGUUGUUUUAUCGUAGAGGAGAUCGCUGGGUUUCUCUGUGAUUGGAGCGACUUCUGUUGACAUGCCUGCACUGAUUCAACACUGAACGUUACGGAUGAAGAGUUUUAUACGAACAUGUUCGUUAUCUUUAGUUCUCAACUCAAAUACUGAUACUUUGAUUUUUGGGUGAACGAUUCCUGUAAGGUUCUGUCAUCAUUUACUCUCCCUCACGUCAUUCAAACGCAUAAGACUUUCAUCUUCAGAACGCACAUGAAGAUGUUUUAAUGAAAUCUGAGAGAUUUCUGUCCCUCCAUUCAAACUCUGACGCUUCAAAACAUUCAUAAACAGAUGAUAAACCCGUCUUCUGAAGAGACUCAAUCACUUUAUAUGAUCAACUGAUUUAAUUUAAGCUUUAAUUCACAUAUAAACACUGAUAAACACACAUAUAGCAUCAAAUAUGGUAAAUGGAAGCUCAAGCACGUUUCUGUUUAUGUUCGCGGAUCAAUGUUUAUGAUGUUUAGUGAUGGAGUCUCUGCUCCAUUCAUAUGGGUUUAUUUUAUCAUCUGUUUAUGAAUGUUUUGAAGCAUCAGAGUUUGAAUGGAGGGACAGAAAUCUGUCAGAUUUCAUUAAAACAUCUUCAUUUGAGUUCUGACGAUGAACAAAAGUCUUAUGCGUUUGAAUGACGUGGGAGAGUAAAUGAUGACACAAGUUUCAUUUUAACCCUUGAAUGUCAAACUGCUGCAGGUGAAAGAUGAGCUGCUGGAUUGUGUGCCAUGCUUCAUGUCUUCAAACAGGUUUCUCAAACCCGUCUCUCAUUGGUUCGUCAAACAGAUAGUCCCGCCCUAAUCUCAUCUCAUUGGUUGUCUGGCCGCUCAUGCAAACUAUUCGAUGUUGUGAAAGCAUCAGUCAACACGAAGAUGACUGAAGUACAGUGAACGUCACGUGUGUUAUAUGGACUUAUACUGUGUAACAGAUGUUUCAAUCUAACCCUCUUUCAAACAGAUCAAUAUUUGUAAGUUUAGCUAUUAAACGUUUUCCAUCACAAACAGCAUCAGUCAAGCCGAAUGUGAGAAUGUCCACAAGGUGGCGCUCUAGACUGCGUCUGAAGGCUUCAGACAUUCAUGUGUUCAGUAGGUCAUUUCAAGUCUUUUUAUUGGACUUUUGUCUUAAUAUUAAAACAUCAGAAGUACUGAAACAUCUUAUAAACAUCUAAUAAAUACAUACACAACUAAAAAUGUAUAAAUUGAUAGUUAAAUGCAAAAGCUUCUAUAGAAAUGUAUAAAUCACGUCACUAUUCAAAAAAGAACAAACUUUAGGAGGUAAUUUAAUCAGAAGUCAUCAGAUGUCUUCGUUUAUUUACAGCAGCGCUUUAUGUUCUCAGGCUCAAACUCACGUUGAGUUUCUUUAGUGUUUUGGAAACAGAUGCCAGCAGAAAGUGAGAAUGGAAGGAAGGAAGGAAAUGAAAUGUGAAAUUAUUCUGGACUGUGUUCUCCUGAUGGAGGAAAGAGGAGUAAAUCUGUCUGUUUAACUCUUCAUUUACCAAGAACCUGCUUUCAGAUUUAUUAAAAUCUGAACAACACAUUUAGGUCUUUGCUUUCUUCUUCCAAAUCUAAUGAUCAGCCCAAGAGAACCCUGAAGGUCGUGUCUUCGGCUCAGUCUGGCGUUCAGCAGGAGUAAAUGUGGGUCGGUGAUAUGUGGGUUAUUUACUGAGAGGAAGAACCGCCUCGGCUUGUGAAUGUGUGAGAGAGGCGCUUCUGUUCUCUCUUCGUGACCAAUUAGUUCUGUGUCUGAUGGUGGUCUUUCAUCUGGACCCGCUGAAGUGGGACAGAAGAGAGACAAGAGGGUCCAUGAAUAAACGCCUCACAAAAACACA